CCUUCUUGGCGUUCACAUCGAUAGAGCGACAGCGGCAACAAGUCAACCCGGCCAAAGGAUCACAUCCGACUUUCCACCAACUUAAACUCCUGAAACCAUUCAAGGCAAAAACUAACGCAAAUAGUUCGCGAAUUACCGAUUGGUAAAUUUCCUGGCGCCAGAUUUUUCUAAUUUUACCGACGCCAAUUCCAUACACGGCUAUUCCCAAUCUCAUCCAGUCGAAAAGCAUCGUGCAGAAGCGUUUAAAAAUGAUGAAAUUCGUGCAGAUAUUGUUGUGCUACGGCCUACUCCUCACUCUGCUCAUGGCCCUUAGCGAGGCUCGUCCUUCGGCAGGCGAAACAGGACCGGACUCCGAUGUUCUCGAUGGCCAGGAGGCGGAGGACGUGCGCGGCGCCUACGGAGGUGGCUAUGACAUGCCAGCCCAGGCCAUCUAUCCCAAUAUUCCGAUGGACCGGCUGCAGAUGCUCUUUGCCCAAUACAGACCCACCAGUUACAGCGCCUAUUUGAGGAGUCCCACCUACGGUAAUGUGAACGAACUUUACCGGCUGCCCGAGAGCAAACGUCAAGUUAGAUACCGGCAGUGCUACUUUAACCCCAUCUCCUGCUUUAGGAAGUAAGUUCCCAGACAACUGGAGAUCAUCGGGGAACCCAGAGCUCUUGGUUAAAUUAUCAAUUCAAGCAUUUCAACAAACCAAAACAUAUAAGCCAAAUACAAAGAUUAGCAUAAUGGAUGAACGCAAAUGUUUAGUGCAAUUAAACUAAAGCUAAGACUCAACUAUAUCCAUAUAUAUACAAAUAUAUAUAUAUACAACUUAUCCCUUUUGAAUGUCUACGAAACGUACGAAAAAAUGUUCCAUUGUAGUUGCCAAAAAAAAAUAAAUGAUGUACCUAUUUACUUGAAUAUUAGCACAAACAUUUGAAAUUGAAAUAUUUCGUUUCUUGAUUUACGCUUUACAUAUGGUGUGGUAAAAUGAAAUACAAUGCUUCGUAAAGCAAAUUAUAUAAUAUUAUAUAUAGUAUAUAAAAUGCAUUCCUACAGCUAUGUGCUUUUGUAAAUUUAAGUGUCCCAGCUAAUGUAUAAUACAAAUAAUUGAAACAACAAACAGGAAUGCAAACUUGGUGUCAUCUAAUACCUACACAAAACUAUACAUGUAAAAUACCUUUCCAAAUAAAAGUUAUAAAUAUAUACGAAUAAACUAAA